GAGCUUUUCAUUUCGACGCGUCAACUUCAACUUGCCAACGAGAGACACACACACACACACGACAUAUGCUCUAUGUUCGGCUCGUCUCGUCUCGCGAUCGCUUUUCAGUUUCGCUUUCAAUCUCGGCUUCGCUUUCGAUUUCGCUCUACAAUUUUUGGGAUUUUGUUGUGUGCUAUGUGAUGAAUUAUAUUUAAUUGAAUGCUAAAUAGAAGAAUCAAGAAUACAUUUAAAAAUGUGCGUAUAAAAAGAAGUUUUUAAGGAUAUGUGUGAAUCUCUAAAAUUGGCAUAAAACGAAAAAAAAUAUAUAUUUAAAUCGAUUGAGCAUGCGGCUAACGUGUUUUCUAAAAAUCUAAGCAAAAUCAUUAUAAUAUUUACAAAGUGCAAUUACAAAAAAAAGUUUCUUUUGGAUUAGCGGCAUUGCUUGAAGUUUUGAAAUUUAUAAAACUUGAAUUAUGGGCUUAGAAAAACAUUAUUUGAGAUAUGGACGCACGGCUAGAGAUCACCUACUCGACUGGGCGAGCUGUGGGCGUGGUCGUCGACACCAGCAACAACAACAGCAGCAGCAGCAACAACAGCAACAAUUGCAGCCACAGCAGCAACCACAACAACAACAACAACAACAGCAGAGCAGCAAUCCACAAGCGUCAACUGCUAGCGGGCGUCGGACACGCCCCCAUGUAACACACAGAGGGACGCCUCUAUCCAUGUUAAUAUCGCAUGGCAUUAAGAUUAGCAAUAAUAGACUAGCUGUGAUAAUUAUUGGUAUAGUUACAUUAAUCUUAGGCAUAGUUUUAACAUCCAUACCAUGGCUGGAUUAUUUUAUACUAAAGAAUUUAAGGCUGUGGAACGACACUUUAAGUUAUCAUUAUUGGCAACGACCCGGCGUUAUACGAUUAACCAAGGUAUAUAUCUAUAAUGUUACGAAUCCAGAUGGUUUUUUAAAUGGCGAGAAGCCCAAACUGCAGGAGGUUGGACCAUUUGUCUACAGAGAAGAUAUGGAGAAGGUGAAUGUGAAGUUCCAUGAGAACAAUUACACGGUGUCAUAUCAGCAUAAGAAAAUCUUACAAUUUGUUCCUGAACUGAGUGUGGAUAAAAACACGCCCAUUGUCACGCCCAAUAUACCAAUGCUCACACUGACAAGUUUAAGUCCCAAGCUCGGUUACCUGCUGUCUAGAACUAUAUCCUUUGUGUUAACUGCGGCAAAGUUCAAGCCUUUUAUUAAUGUGACUGCCGAUCAAUUGGUCUUUGGCUAUGACGAUGCUCUCGUGAGUUUAGCACAUCGAUUUUAUCCGAAGCACAUGCGACCCAUGGAGCGAAUGGGUUUACUGCUAGCACGCAAUGGCACACUUACAGAGGUCUCAAGCAUUAAGACGGGUUAUCAGGGCAUGGAUCAGUUUGGCUACAUCGACUCACUCAAUGGCCUCGAUCACUUGCCGCACUGGAGCGAAGGACCUUGCACAAGUAUUGCUGGGUCUGAAGGAUCCUUCUUUCCGCCACGCGAUAUUACAAAGUCCGAUGUGGUGCACAUCUAUGACAAGGAUUUGUGUCGAAUUAUUCCUCUAAAGUAUGUGGAGAGUGUGGAGAAGGAUGGCCUCAAAGCAGAUCUGUUUCGACUGCCUAACAAUUCGUAUGGCGAUUCGGCGAAUAAUCCAGAGAAUAAAUGCUACGAUGCCAGCGAUUACGAUGCUGUGCGUGGCUUGCAGAACAUCAGUCCAUGCCAGUAUGGUGCGCCUGUCUACAUCUCCAAUCCGCAUUUCUACGAGUCCGAUCCCGAGCUGCUCGAUGCUGUGGAAGGUUUGCAGCCAGAGCGCGAGAAACAUGAAACCUACUUCAAAAUACAACCGAAACUUGGAGUACCUUUGGAGGGCAAAGUGCGCAUACAGCUCAAUCUGAAGGUCACACAUGCCAAGGACGUGCAUCCGGUGCGUGAUUUUCGUGACUUUGUGUUUCCGGUCAUGUGGCUGGAAGAGGGCAUCUCGGAGCUAACACCCGCCAUUAAGCGUUGGCUUUAUCUGGCCACCGUGAUUGCCCCACAUGCGGUGCCUAUUAGCUCCUAUCUGAUGAUCGUGGGCGGAGCCUCGGCCGUCAUCUUCAGCCUUGUGCGUGCGUAUCAGAACUUUGUCUUCGGUCGCGAUCCAAGUCUAGAAAUACUCGAGAUGGGCCGGCGUUCGCUUCGUCGUGGCAGCAGCUUCAUUGCCCAUCAGCAGCACAAGUUGCUCCUCCAUCACAGAGAUAGCUAUGCGCUACUGCGCACCAUGCCACAUGCCAUGACCGCCUGCCUUGAUCCGGAGCGGGACAGCGACGAGGUGCAGCCGAUCAUCGAUUGUGCCGUUGCCAGCCAGGCAGCUUCAUAGUGAACAGCACCUUGACUCCGCUUAGGUUUUAGUCACGUUCUGGCCAAUUUUGUGGCAUAUAUAUAA